AUGGCCAAACCACAACGUAUUAAUGGCUACAGUGGAACUGUUGUAGAAUACUCACACUAUUUGGAACAACUCGUUUACCAAUUACGAACACAAGUCCUUCAGUUACAAAUCCAAGUACAAAAUUUGCACCAGCAACUGGACCAACGCUCCGCGCCCGUCCAAUGCCAGCCAUCACCCACGCAGCCAUCGUCUGAAAAAUGGAAAUUCCGGAUUGAAACUCCAGGCGAACAGUCUAGCAAACCACCCAGGAAGCCACCCAGGAAGCCAACCAGCGAGCCAACCAGCGAGCCAGCCAGCGAGCCAACCAGCGAGCCAUCUGAGUUAUCUAAGUUGUUGAGUCUGAUACCGAAGGACGAAAAUGAAUGGUCGGCCAGAAGACAACUUGUUUGUCUUAGCGAGCCAGAAGACCUUGUUGACGCGUUCUGCCUUCUCACGCGUCUUUCUUCACAAUCAUGCCCUUUGCGUACUGGUGAUAAACCAGAAGAUGGAGCAAGCAUUAGCGACGUUCUCCAAGACUACGGCCAAUUCUCAAUCGCACUGAAUGGAAGGAGAAACCACGCAAUACAGAUAUCCAAUUACAGUACAGUGCUAUUCGUAAACCUUGUUAGUAUUGACCUCGCGACUGGAGCUACGCUAGAGGCUGCGGAUAGUCAUAUGAAGAAAGUCUUAAAGGUGCUCCAACGGAAAUGUGAAGCAGAUUCGAAAUAUUUAUCGCGGCUUCGAACUGCUGCAUUAUGGCCGGUUCAACAAACGAAGGAGUUGUAUCAGAAAGGGCUGAUGCACCGAGCCUGGGAGAUAUUCGUCAUCUGUGGUCCAUCAAUUCACAACUACAAGAGCAUUACAUAUUGCUCAGGAUCAGCAGAAUUUGCGAACAAAGUUGUCGUAUGCAAGCCGCCUGAGAUAGAGCCGCAAGCUGAGAUCUCUUUCGACGUGGCAUUCCUGAGCAAGAUCAUACUUGGCGAAAGACGCAGUCUAUACGUAGAAUCAGGUCUCUAUGGCCACGCAAAAGACAGAGAGUGUCCGAGGCAGACGAAGGAGAACCUGAUGAACGUUCGCACCGGACCAGCCUGCAACCCGACGAGAACAAUUACUCACCAGUUGCACCUAUAUAUCUAA